CUUCUUGAAGCAGAUAUACACUGUACAAUAAUGCAAUCCAACGUAAUGCUGUCUCUCAAACCACACAAAAGUUUUCAACUCCCUGCAUCAGACACUGAAAAUCACACAGGACAGCAAUGGAUUCAGAAUGACCUGUGUUUAUGGUCUGAAUCAUGCAGCCUCAACGUUUGUUUGCCACAUGCAAUGCCCAUUCACAUCCGAUUUUAACAGAACUUUUGUUCUACACAUUAAUUUCCAUGCAUGCUAAGUGGGACCUGAAUAACAGAUAUUUUUCUCUAAUAAUCUUCACAUAUUAGUAAAAUUCACAUGCUGUUCAUGUGCUGGCAUGCUUGUGCAGGUUGGAUUAUAUGAAUUCACACAAACACACAGCCCAUUCGUAGAGGAUGAUGCAAUUUCGGAAGAAUCAGAACCACACAUUAAAUAUGAAAAAAGAAUAGUAAAGAGGUGUACUGACUCUAGUGUUCUUCCCCAAUAAUAGUAAUUGUAUACACUACACAGUGUAUAUGGUCCUUAUGGACCAUAACAGCCAUGAUGUAGUCCAAAGUUUCUUCCUUUCUUGGGAAGACAAUUAUAUCAAAGCUGGGAAUUGAAGGUGGGUGAUGAUUCCUAAUAAGCACAUUUCAACUGGGACCUGAAUUGAAGGUAGGUGAUGACUUAUAAAUGUUAGAUGCUAUAAUUAGUUGAAAGCAUCUAGUCCAUCAACUGACUGCUCAUAUAGGUAAGAAACAGUAGUCCAGAAUCAUGCUUUAAUAAGCUAAAGCUGAAUUGAUGAAAAGACACCAUCACACCCAUGUUGCAAGUCUUCACUUGUGUCUAGAACUGGCAUUUUAUCUUAAGGAAGAAGAGAAAAAGAUAUCCUAGGAUUGAGUCAAGAUCAACAUACAUGUGUAGGUCUUACAUAAAUUAUGAACCAUUAGAUUUUCAAAUCCAAAGGUUGAAAAUGAUGGUAUCUCAAACCUUUGGAUAUGAGAAUCAACAGGUAAUAAUUUAUGCAAGAGUUACACCCGUAAGUGGAUCUUGACUCCCUUGGAUAAAUUGUCUGAUAGCAGUUCUUGUGCUCUACUCUCUAGCAUUCAGGCUAAACAUGAAUACUGGCUGAAUACACAUGAUAAAAACCUUUUGCUCUACUUUCCAAUCUGUAUCUAGAAGCCUGAGAAUAGAAGUUUCAAGAUCAG